UAUUUUUUUUUUGGUCGCCAAGGAAACGAGGGCUGCGUUCAGUGUCUUUGCGGUGUGUGUUUUUGUCCCUUGUAAUGUUUGUGCUAAGCAGGGAGGAUUUCACACGAUGGACUUGCCGGAGACGAUCAGAAAACGAUUAGAGGACUUUUCUCGGAAUGUUUUAUUUGACCAGAGUCGGACUCAGCCUCUCCCAAAAGAGCAUGAGACGUUUUUGCCGCACGACAAACGGGUUCUGUCCAGUCUCCACCUCCAGAUGUCUCUGUUCUUUAACAUGUGGUUCUUCCCCCUGUGGUGGAUCAGUGAAACUGUGAUGCUGCACCUCAAGUAUCCUGCCUUGCCAGAGUACUACAAGUUCAUCCUUGUCACUGUCCUCAUCCUGAUGACUCUGAUUGAGGCUAUUAGAUUGUAUCUUGGUUAUGCUGGGAACCUGCAAGAAAAGGUCCCAGAGCUGGCUGGAUUUUGGCUGCUGAGCAUCCUGCUGCAGUUUCCACUAAUCCUGUUUCAGCUCUUCAAUGAAGCCAUUCUCAUACAGCCGCUGGAGAGAGGAGUUCACAUAGUUCUUGCCAUUUUCAUACUCACACAGGCCCUCUCUGGAUUUGUGGCACUCCGGGACAUGGUCCGACACACAGAAAGCCAAUUUCAUCUCAGACAGUUUGACUGAAUUCUCAGUUCUCCCUCCUGCAUCAGGACACCUCCUUACUUCACACCUCCCAGACUGAGAGACUGACGACAAACAUCACUUUUGUAUUGUGCAUCGCAAAAUGGGAAAUUUUCUGCCCACGACUGAUUAUUAAAGUGAAGAAUUGAACGUUUUUGUAUUUUAUUAACAUUAUAUUCCAUGGGAUGUUGUUUUUGCAGUGUUGCAAAUAAAUCAAAUCUAUAUUACA